AUGACAGAAGUGUGCGUACCUGGUUAGACAGGCUUUUUUCAUACCUGUGGGUAAUUUAGUUAAUGUGAAUUGAAUGCAGCAACAUUAGUAUAUUCAUGUUAACAUGAUUCUCCAUUUACACCAAAAGCUGGAAUAAUUAUAUCAUAUAUCAUCACACCAAUAUUGAUUGGAGUCGGUAUUCUAGGAGGAAUGGGAGGUGGAGUAUUGAAAGGACCACUUUUGGAAAUGAUUCUAAAUUAUUCUUAAAGUGAAGCCACUCAUAUAGCAUAUUGUCUUAUGUUUGGAGGUACACUUCUUAACACAGUUCUAUUGAUGUUCGAAAAGAAUCCUGAAGACGAUAGAAGACCAAUUAUAAACUACAGAAUUGCAAUAAUCUUUAAUCUUGCUGUUCCAUUCGCCACUAAUCUUGGUUCCUCCUUAGCGUCUUUUCUACCGCAAUUAUACACUCUCAUACUAUAAGAGUUGUUUUUAUUUGGAGUUGCUCCCAUUCUUUGGUAAAAAGCUAAAAGUGCUAAAGAAGCAGAACUGAAAAUUAGUGAUUCUGCAAAAGAAAGCACCACAAAUUUAAAUGAUUCUAAUUUACAUCCAAAAAUAGAGUUACAGAAUAUGGAAGGGAUGUAAGAAUAAUAAGAAUAAGAAGAUUCUAUGAAAGAAAGGAGAAAGAUAUCCAUAAUUUCUAAUGCCAGUUUAAAUCAAUCUCUCUAUUCAUAAUUUAAAUAAGAAUCGGAAAAUAUAUUGCCUCCUAUGCCAGUUCUCUUUAUUCUAGGUUCGUUUGGAUUAAAUUAAAUAUUCAUAUAAAUGAGAUCGACUAAUCCUAAAAAACCCUCAUAUGUUGGAAUCGAAGAUUGCACUUGGCAAAAUGAUUUUAUGAUUUUUAUAUUGAUAGUUGCCAAUGUCCUAUACGAUUAUUUGAUUUGGUAAUUUGGAACAAGUCAAGAGAAGCAAUUUAAUUAAAUUAACUUUUUGCCAAAAGAAAGAUACUUUACUCCAAUCAGUAGGUUUUUUAAGAUAUAUGCUGGUGGAUUUAUGGCUGGAUUUGUAUCAGGAUUCUUAGGAAUGGGGGCUGGAUUUGUAAUGGUUCCUACUUUACUAUAUAGUGGCUUAAUUCCUAGAUGUGCUUCAGCGACAUCAGCCUUUAUUUAUUUAAUGAUUUCAUUAAAUAAUUUAAUUACUCUUCUUACUAACCAUUACCUGGAUUGGCAAACCAUAAUUUUAUUUACUGGAUUAGCUAUUAUUGGAGGAUCAGUCUUUGCUAAAAUAGGGUACAUAUUAUUGGGUAAAUACAAAAUUGGAUAUUUCGUAAUUUUGAUUGUUUUUUGUCUAGACAUAGCCAAUAUUAUUUCUUAAAUAUAUUAUGGAGUUGUAUUUGGUAAAAGAUACGGGUUAGAAUAUUUAACUCAUGCAAAUAAGCAGUGUUAGUGA